AUGGGCUGUCCCAAGUCCUUCAGCGUGAAGGGUGGCAUGGGCGCGGCUUUGCUGGACCGGCCGGAGCUGGUGGCAGAUUUGUUGAAGACGCUGCGGAGGGAGCUGCCUGUGCAGACGACGCUCACGUGCAAGAUCCGGAUGCUGCCUUCCACAGAAAAGACGCGCGACUUCAUGCAGGUGUGCGAGCGAAGCGGUGCCGAAGCCAUCACGGUCCACCUCCGGCAGCGGCAGGAACGCCCCGCAGAGCCCGCGCAUUGGGACGAGUUCCUCCGGCUGUGGGAUGCUGUGCAGAUCCCUGUGAUUGCAAAUGGCGACUUCUUCAACCGCCGGCAGAUUGCCGAGUUUUGGAAGCAUUGUGCAGUAGCCAGGCCCAACCCUGACGACAAGGAGGAGAGUCGCAGGGGCCCGGCAGGCAUCAUGAUCGCCAGGGGAGCCCUGUGGAACCCUGCCGUAUUCUGCCGAGAAGGACGAGAAGCUCCAGGGUUCGAGGACAUGAUACGCUCUUAUGUGCGCACAGCCGUGAUGACAAAUGCCUGCUACCAAAACACGCUUUGGGCUCGGAUGCAGGUCUCAGUUCACGGAUGUUCAAGAAUAUUCGCAGAUGUUCGCGCAUGUUUGCGGAUGUUCAGUGUGAAUCGCUGUCGCUUAGAGGAAAUGGGUAUUGGGGCAGAUGCUGGUGGCCGGAACGGGCGUGCUGGUGCCCACCACCUUCCAGGGAACGAGCAUGAAGACCAUCAGCCGCGAGCUCGCAGCCGCGAAGUCCAUGACAGGCCUGUGCGGAGUCUUUGGGGAGGCCUACCAGGCCACAGCCUAUCCUCCACGUGCUCACAGCUCCUCCUUCUACAAGGGUUUGCUGGAGACGGUGUCAGCUUUGGACGAGUCCGGGCUGCCCGAUGCGCCGGUAGGUGGGCAUGCUGCAGCUCCACGUAA